AUGGGCUGCCAGACGACGGCACAUAAAUCAGCAGUGUGGCUCGGCAUGGAGACAAGCGAGCUUUCGGCCAGGUGUGGCCGUGACGGCAGGGCUAUCAGCACGGUGCAAAAUUACCCCGACUUGACGACCAUUUUCAGGGACGGCUAUGGGAUCGCCAUAGAUCGAGGUGGCUGUGCGUGGGCCCUGUCUGGAAGAUGCUUUUGA